UGGAUUGAAAGUGUCGCCUCGUAUAAUUCCACGGAUAUAAAUUUACAUUUUUUCGGUAAUUAAUUACUUUGAAAGAACAUUAACAUUAGUUCAAUUUUAAUACGAAAUGUCUCUGUAAUAUUUUCUUUUUUAAACAAAAUUUAUAUGACGCAGAACACACUGUCCCUGUAACAUAUUUCGACAUGUUCGAACUCUAUAAUUUGAUCGCAGUUUUUGUGCUACAUUGAAAUUUAUUAAACAAUAUCCAAUUAACACAAUUUGUGCUAUGAACAAAAUUCAAAUGUGAAAAUUCAAGUAUAAAAGGAAGAUAAUUUUUGCGAAAGACUUUAGUCGAUAUAUUUAGAGACACCUUAUUCACUAAAAAUGAAGAUUUUUAUAGUGUGCUCGAUUUUCUUUUUGCAAGGAAUUUCGGCAGCUCCUGGUUUACUUUCAAACCAAAUUUCUCAGUAUGGCAUAAAUGGAGAUUUGGAUCAGGUCGCCGUUGUUUCAAACAGCGCCGAUCAAAAUAUUAUCGCCGGAAACGCCAAUCAGCUAGCAGCAUUAACUAGAUUUAGAGAAAACUUUAUUUACGGAAAUGCAAACCAAAUCGGAGCACUAAAUUCCAAUAUUCGCAACUAUAUCUUUGGAAAGGCGUUCCAAUUAGGAGUAGCAAAUUUCCUCAAUAGAAAUCCACAUAUUGAAGGCCCCGUAUCUCAAGUUGGAGUAGCAAAUUUUGCUGAUAACAAUAAUAUUAACGGACCUUUCUUCGAAACAGCAGUGGCAAAUAUUGCUACUGGAAAUUCCGUUGCAGGAGCAUCAAAUCAAUUAGGUGUAGCAAAUAUCGCCUCUAGAAAUAACGCAAAAGAAUUUACUCAAGUCGGAGUCGCAAAUCUAGGUCUGGAAAACAAAAUCUCUGGUACAUCUUUACAAGAAGGAGCUGCAAACGUGCAAAGUGGAAGCGAAAUUGGAGGAAAUUCACUUCAAUAUGGAAAGGUUAAUGUGAAUUUCAACAACAAAAUCGCAGGCAAUUCACUUCAAACUGGACUUGAGAACUUUGGAAUUAAAAACCAAAUUGAAGGAAAUCAUGCCCAAGUUGGCUUCGGAGACUGGGAGAUCGGAAGCACCAUUGGAGGAAAUUCAGAUCAAUACGGAGUUGGAAUCUUGGCUUGGGGAAAUACAGUCGGUGGAAACGCGAAUCAAGUCGGAGUUGGCACUUUGCAAGGAAAAAGCAACAUCAAAGGAAAAUUAGAACAAGUUGGAGCCGUUAAUUUGAACUUCAUCAACGAAAUUAAAGGAAACAACCAAAUGACCGGAGUUGCAAACAUCGGUUCUGGUAACAAUAUUGGAGGGGACGAUACAGCUGUCGGAGCUGCUAACGUCAUCCUUAACAACAACAUCAAAGGAAAUCAAAAACUAACAGGGGCUAUCAAUGUAGCGUCAGGUAAUAAUGUCGGAGGACAACAAGAUUCUAACGGAUUAGUUAACCUGGGAAUCAACAACGAAUCGGGAGGCGGUCAAAACAUGAAUGGUCUUCUUAACAUUGGCUCGGGUAAUUCAGCAGGAGGCAAGAAAACUAUGAAUGGACUGGUCAAUAUUGGAUCAAAAGACACUGAAAUGAGUGGACUUCUUAAUGUGCCACUGACAAAAAAAUAAGUUGAACGCAUAAAUGGGCUCAAGGGCAUUGCUCCAGUAACACCCGGAUCACUUUACACAAAGACCCCACCAGCAUGAGCGAAUUAUAUAAAAAAUCUGAAUUGCUUUCGACUCUUCUUUUAAAUGUAAUAUCUUCUGCUUGAAAUAAAAGCGUUUUGUUCAGACUCAG